UAUACUGGGAAAAGUACUCCGGUGUGAAAGCGCCUAUUGAAGAGUUCACUGAAUCUCCAGAUAGUAUUUGUCAUAUUUCUCACACAAAUGACUGUCCUCUUACUCUAUAUACCUGUUCUUCUCUUACGUUCUGCCAGGUUACUAAUGCGGGGAAGUCGCUGUUCUUGCUGUACGCGCUGAAGCGCUCCCCCCGCCUCACACUCUUCUAUUUGUAUUUAUUCGACUACUCGGAAACCUUCCUGCCCUUCCUGCACACCUGCUGUCCGGCCAUCACAAACAUCGGACAGUCAGUGGAGAGCAGCUUCCUCAACACACAGAUGGAGCCCAGCUGGCGGCAGUGGGGAGAGUUUCUUGUGAAGUACCUCCUGCUCCCAUACCAGCUGAUAGCAGAGUUUGCCUGGGACUGGUUGGCCGUGCACUACUGGACGUCUCGCUUCAUCAUCGUGAACGCCAUGCUGCUGUCCGUGCUGGAGGGCUGCGCACUGUGGAGACUCUGGGCGAGAGCCAGCAUCAGGGCUAUGCCACGCAAGAUGUGGAACCACUUGUGGAAGAUGCUCUCUCAGGGGUUUGCCUUCGCCCUCCUGUGGCCUUUUUUCCCUCAGUUUGUGUGCAACUGCCUCUUCUACUGGGCUCUGUACUUCAGUCCCAUCAUUAAUAUAGACCUGGUGGUGCAGCAGCUAAUGCACCCAGAAACACAGGCUCUGUAACAAACUGCAUGCUAACAGUGCUCCAUUAAUACCAUACAGUUCACAGCAAAUAUCAAGAGUUGCUGAAGAGGAGAGGGCGUUUAUUUUCAGCAGUAUACUCAUAUGAGACUGGCUUACUCGCUGUUGGCAAGGAAGUUUUCUCGCUUCCAAGACUUGACUCUGCUGGAUGGCUGCCAUGUGGAACAAGAGAGUCUUUUGUACAAGAAACAAAACCAACAAGAUGAGAAUCGCUGAAAUAUCUGUGAUGUUAUUGAUUACUGCAGUGAUUUCUCUCUGCGUGCACAGUGCAUUCACAAACCACAUUGCCUAGAUGGUCGACAGGGCAGUUAAGAAAUUGCCUGGCCUCUUAAGUAAUUUUCUGAAAGCUUUGUAGCACAGAGAGGGCUGUUAUCCGAUGAGAGGAGAGCUUUUUUGACGCAUAUGCUGCCUGAAGGUGGAUUAAAACAUCAGUACAUGCAUUUUUGUCUGGCUUCUUUUAUUAAAUGUAAUCCAAAACAAAUUAAAAUAAAAAAACUGCUGGUUCAAAAAUAAUUUAA